CUUUCUCAAGCCAAACUUUCUAUGUUUCAGGUAUGUAAUGAGUCCUCCUAUAAGAGCAUCAGGACAUGACAAGGCCCUUCAGGCUGCUCUUUCAACGGGAGUUCUGCAGCUUGUAGGAACCGACCACCGUACCUUCAAUUCCACACAGAAGGCUCUUGGAAUUGAUGAUUUCCGGAAAAUCCCGAAUGGUGUAAACGGUAUCGAGGAGAGGAUGCACCUUGUCUGGGACACAAUGGUGGAAUCUGGCCAAAUUUCAGUUAUUGACUAUGUCCGAGUAACAAGCGUGGAAUGUGCUAGAAUCUUCAAUAUAUAUCCGAAGAAGGGAGCAAUUCUUUGUGGAUCCGAUGCAGAUAUAAUUAUACUUAAUCCAAACUCAAGUUUUGAAAUAAGUGCAAAGUCCCACCACUCUAGAUCUGACACAAAUGUAUAUGAAGGAAGGCGAGGAAAGGGAAAGGUUGAGGUGACAAUUGCUGGUGGAAGAAUUGUUUGGCAAAAUGAUGAAUUGAAGGUUAAUCCAGGUUCUGGAAAGUACAUAGAGCUGCCACCUUUUAAUUAUCUUUUCAAUGGAAUUGACAAGGCAGAUGCUAACUACUUAUCUUCUCUACGAGCUCCGGUUAAGCGUUCUAUAUCAAUAAACUAAAAAUGGCAUGUUUUAUUGUAAUAUUUUCUUUCUAAUUAUCAUCUUAAGUUAGAGUGAUUUCAUUACAUUAGUAAAGAAAGAAUUUGAUCGAACUUGAAUUGUUGGAAUGACUGUCAUUAGUUUCCAAGAUGUGAAUAAUUAGGUUGCACAACCUCCUGUGUACAUUACUGUGUGAUGUUUAUAUGAAUACGUGUUAAUAUCAUUUAGUCAGAUU